GAUUCAAAACUCAGAAUUCAGAAGGCCUUUCUAUUUCAUGUGGUCUCUGGUCUGUUUGUAGGUUAUGUUUGACAUAAAAUAUUCUUGACUUAUUAUUUACAUGAUAAAUUCGCGAUUAAUUUGCGUUAUUUCAAUACUCUUAUAAAGAAGGGUUCAACUUUCAUAUUAAAUGAUAAGUCUGAAAAUAUUAAGAUUUCCAUGAAACGACGAAUAAACAAAUUCAAUUAUUAGAUCACCUUUAUGAAUAUGCUUGCGUGCUCGCCACUUUUUAGGUUAUCUCAGUGAGUAGAGUACUUACUGUAUUUUAGAAGUACUGUAAUUAAAAGCUUCACAAAUUGAUUAUCAAAGGAUAUGUCUGAAAACCAAAUAAUCUAUGGUGUACCUGGGUUUUGCCCUUUCUGUGGUUCUGUUUUACCUCUUCUAGGACUAGCAGGAAACGUAACAUGCCGCAGAUGCAAGAAUGAAUUUGAUGCUGAGGUGUUCAGCCAGCCAGAGACAACAUACGUGGUGCAUUUCAAUAACAUAACGAAGAACAAGAAAGCAGGUGCCAAAGAUGAGAAGGAUGAAGAAUGUGACGGUCCACUGGUUGAACGGAGAUGCCCGAAGUGUGCCAACGAGAAGAUGUCUUAUGCCACGAUACAGCUCAGAUCAGCUGAUGAAGGACAGACUGUCUUUUUCACUUGUACCAAGUGUGGAUUCAAGGAGAGUGAAAACUCAUGAGAAUAGAUUUUUAUUGGUUUCUGACUCCAAAAUGUUGAAUUCGAACAGACCUGGACUUCCUCGUAUACCCUCCUGUUAUACUGUGAGAUAUCACUUCAACCUUGAUAACUCAGUCAGAUUGUACUUGAUCAAAUAAUAAGACUUUACCAACUAUCCGGUAGUUCGGAAUUGACAGUAGAGUUUUUAGACCAUUAAAGUUAUAUUUUCUA